AGACGCGCGAGACCAGGCUUCGGCUCGCCUGCGCUGCCGGAGGCGCCAUGGGCCGCUACCGCAUCCGUGUGGCCACCGGCGCCUGGCUCUUCUCUGGCUCGCAAAACCGCAUACAGCUGUGGCUGGUCGGAGCGCGCGGGGCUGCGGAGCUGGACCUGCAGCACCGACCCGCGCGAGGCGAGGUGGAGGAGUUUGAACACGACAUCCCCGAGGACUUGGGUCCACUGCAGUUCGUGAAGCUGCGCAAACACCACUCCCUGGUGGAAGACGCGUGGUUCUGCGACCGCAUCACGGUGCAGUGCCCCGGGGCCAGCACGGUGGCGGCCUUCCCGUGUUACCGCUGGGUGCAGGGCCAAGACGUCAUGAGUCUGCCCGAGGGCACCGCCCGCCUGGCAGUAGACAAUCCUUUGGAUGUGUUCCAGAAGCACCGAGAGAAAGAACUGGAAGAAAGACAGCAAAUCUACUGCUGGGCCUCCUGGAAGCAAGGAUUACCCCUGACAAUAGCUGCAAACAGUAAGGAUGAUCUACCUCCAGAUGUGAGGUUUCACGAGGAGAAGAGGCUGGACUUUGAACUGACACUGAAGGCAGGGGCUCUAGAGAUCGCCCUCAAGCGUGUUUAUACGCUCCUGAGCUCCUGGAACCACCUGGAGGAUUUCGAUCAGAUCUAUUGGGGCCAGAAGAGUGUGCUAGCUGAAAAGGUUCACCAGUGCUGGCAGGAUGAUGAGCUUUUUGGCUAUCAGUUCCUCAAUGGUGCUAACCCCAUGCUGCUGAGACGCUCCACAUCUCUGCCCUCCCGGCUAGUGCUGCCUUCAGGGACAGAGGAACUUCGGGCCCAGUUGGAGAAAGAACUCCAGAAUGGUUCCUUAUUUGAGGCUGACUUCAUCCUGCUGGAUGGGAUUCCAGCUAACGUAAUUCGAGGAGAGAAGCAGUACCUGGCUGCACCUCUCGUCAUGAUGAAAAUGGAACCUAAUGGGAAGCUGCUACCCAUGGUCAUCCAGCUCCAGCCUCCCAACUCCAGCUCCUCCACGCCACCACUCUUCUUACCCUCAGAUCCGCCACCUGCUUGGCUCCUGGCAAAGUGCUGGGUCCGAAAUUCAGACUUCCAACUGCACCAACUCCAGUAUCAUUUGCUGAAUACUCAUCUCUUGGCUGAGGUCAUCGCUGUUGCCACCAUGAGGUGCCUCCCAGAAAUGCACCCUCUCUUCAAGCUCCUGAUCCCCCAUAUCCGCUAUACCAUGGAAAUUAACACCCGGGCCCGGACUCAACUCGUAUCAGAAGGAGGCAUAUUUGAUAAGGCUGUGAGCACAGGAGGAGGGGGCCACGUGGCCUUGCUCCGUCGGGCAGGGGCACAGCUGACCUACCGCUCCCUCUGUGCACCCAAUGACCUGGCUGACCGGGGCCUGCUGGGACUCCCAAGUGCGCUCUAUGCCCAGGAUGCUUUACAGCUCUGGGCAAUCAUUGGCCGGUAUGUGGAGGGAACUGUCCACCUCUUCUACGAAAGGGAUGAUGUGGUGAGAGGGGACUCUGAGCUGCAGGCCUGGUGUCGGGAGAUCACUGAGGUGGGGCUGUGCCAGGCCCAGGACCGAGGUUUCCCUGUUUCCUUCCAGUCCCGAGCUCAACUCUGCCAUUUCCUUACCAUGUGUGUGUUCACAUGCAGUGCCCAGCAUGCAGCCGUCAACCAGGGCCAGAUGGACUGGUAUGGCUGGGUCCCCAAUGGCCCAUGCACAAUGCGGAUGCCCCCACCCACCACCAAGGAAGAUAUAACAAUGGCCACAGUGAUGGGGUCACUACCUGAUGUCCAGCAGGCCUGUCUUCAAAUGAAUAUCACACGGCAUCUGGGUCGGCGGCAGCCAGAUAUGGUGCCUCUGGGGCAUCACAAAGAAAAAUACUUCUCAAGCCCCAAAGCCAAGGCUGUGCUAAAGCAAUUCCAGAAAGAUUUAGAAAACCUGGAAAAGGAGAUUACAGCCCGGAAUGAGCAACUUGAACUGCCCUACGAAUACCUGAAGCCCAGCCGCAUAGAGAACAGCAUCACUAUCUGAGCCCU